AUCCGCUCGCGGCAUGGGAGGGCGAGGGAUGAUGUUCCAUUCAACGCGGGAACAGCUAAAUGUAUGUAUGAAUGCGCGCGCAUUAAGCACAUGUGCACGAACACCCGAAUAGAGCUAAUGCGUGUUUGCGCAACGUCAUUUCAUGCUUCAGAGGUAUCAACAGAUUCCUAAUUCCUCCCUUUGGAAAGUGGGCGGGGGACCCUCGCUGUGGAUUGGCUCCAAUAAACCCAUAGUUUUUAAGCACAGGCUUGUAAAACUGCCAAAAUUCAGUUUUUGGGGAGAACUGAAGAGGACGGCAGGCAAGUUAAACUGGAGUAGGGUGUUUUUUUUUAUGAGAACAUAGUCCAGUAGAAUUGCCAUUACUUUCUAGUACUGUAUCGGGUUGCUAGUUCUGCCUAAGGUUCCUGCCUUAGACUGAAGCAGAAGUUGCUGCCUAAGAAGUCGGUCGGCCCUUUCCAUCCUGGGAAAGGCUGUCUUCGUUGAAACUGCAUGCACCAACCUUUUCUAGGUGGGAGUGGAGCAGGGGUUGUUGCUCAUAUUUAUAAUGGUAUAAAACAACAACCAGCUGUUAAGAUGCCUCAGAUGUCCACAGAGGACAGCUGGCUUAAGAAAGUGCUACCCGUUGCUAUCCUUGAAAAAUUGGCCCACCACUGGAAAGUAUUCAGCAGUAACACCAAACAUGGGGAUUUGCAGCUGUUUGUUGGACUUUCAUGACGUAUAUGCGCAAUUGUUCCAAUUUCAAAAUUGUACCAGCCAAAUAUGACUUUAUGUAGAGCUAUUCAUGACAUCUAUAUGUGUCUUUACAUAUAAAUAGCCCGUAAAAUUCAUUGUGUCUUCGCGUCUUCAGUCAGAUUGCAUGAUGACCUCUUGCCCAUGCCUAUAUGUUCAUCCUUCACCCCCUUUCUCCAGUGGCCAAGGAAGAGCUGGUAGUUUGCUUUCUUACACUGUGUCAUUGCAGGUUUCAUGCCUCAGUCAAUAGUUGUUUGUUUGUUUUGAUUAAUAAAAUUUAUUUUUUUAGAAAAUCAGUUGUUCCUGAGAGGGACAAGGUGCAGCCCCAUCUACCCAGCUGGUUUCCUUCCUUCAGAAAGAUAGCAUGAGAUCCAUAAGACAAUAACAAACAAAAUCUUUAAAAUUCACACAGACAUGCACACAAGGAAAAAUAUACAGGGAAGGAGGAGGAAAACAUGGAAACGUAGGCACCAGUCCUUACAUAUACUUAAAAUGAACAUAAUCCCGCUGUCCCUCUUAUUCCUCUGGUGCAGCCAGAUUUACCGUAUUUUUUGCUCUAUAAGACUCACUUUUUCCCUCCUAAAAAGUAAGGGGAAAUGUGUGUGCGUCUUAUGGAGCGAAUGCAGGAUGCGUAGCUAUCCCAGAAGCCAGAACAGCAAGAGUGAUUGCUGCUUUCACUGCGCAGUGAUCCCUCUUGCUGUUCUGACUUCUGAGAUUCAGAAUAUUUUUUUUCUUGUUUUCCUCCUCCGAAAACUCCCAUUCCCUCACCUCUUCAAUUCUAAUGGAAACGCUUAUUUUCCUCUGAAAAUUGUUCAUUUAAAACUGCAUAUGAUUUGAAAGUGAUCAAACUCUUGCAUCAAAUUAAAAGAAUAAAUAAAUCAUUUUGACUUAAAGUUUUUCCAAAAGUACUAUUUCUCUUUCCCCCACCUCUCUCCACCAGUCCUGAGAGAGGUUCAUCUUGAGUAACUGUUUAAAUGGGCAAUUUGUCUACAUCUACAUCUACAUCCUGGUUUAUGGAGUCUGUGUUUGGAUACGUUUUUGUUUCCUUUCCAGAUCUUGGGAUGGAGAGCAGCUGCAAGCCUUGCUUGGUCGGUGCUGCUGCUUCCUCUGUGUAUUGCAGCCUUCAUCAGCAUCAGCAGCAUUGACUUCUUCCACCCGGUACAAUGGAUCACAAGUAUGUCAGUGCCCUGCCUGAGACAAAUGUUACAGAGCAGUAUUUAUGCAGUUUUUUAAUUCAACAUUAUUUGGGCAUAUUAUCAAAGCAAUCCUUACAACAGCCUUAACAUUUAGGCCAGUGUUCUCGUAUUACAUGUAGAGCAAGGAUGGGGAACAUUUUUUUCAGCCUGAGGGCCCCAUGCCAAUGGUGGGGGGGGGGGCAGAGGCAAAAAUGGGUAGAGCAACAAAUGUAAAUGGUGCCUUUGUACAGUAGGCUGGUUGCUACACACACUCGCACACCCCUCUGUAUCCUCCAUCCAGACAUGCCAGAGGUAUUAUCAGAGUUACCUCUGGACCUCUGGCAUUACAAUUUCUGGACUGGGAGGAAGGCAGGGUAAUAACAGUAACAACAGCAACAACAAUGGUUUAGUGUGAUGUGUGAAUGUGAUCACUGAGUUUAUGGCUGAGGUGAGAGAUAUACCAAAUGCCCCCUAGGUCUCAGCCCAGCCUUGUAGGCACUAAGAUCUAGUAGUAGAGCUGUUGUAUAGUACUUCUGAUUCAUAUUUUCCCCCCUGUCUUAGGUUCAUUCAAUGACCUGUAUACCUCCUACGUUAUUUUCUGCAUACUGCUAAUGUCUGUGGUCAUACUGGUAAUAAGCAUCUUCAACGUUGAGUUUCAUGCAGGUUGGUGUUGAAAACUGCAUCAACUUAAAAAGUGCCGUUUGAUUUGCUGAUUUGUGCUUAACGUUAGGCUUUGUUUUAAACUUUGGAAUCUGUUUCUUUGUGUGUCAGUAGAAACUUAGUUUCCAACCUUUGCUCUUAAAACUCUCCAUUAAUAAAUGUGGAAUAACUCUAAAUGCUGUGCUAAAUCCUUAAAGACCAUUCUCCACUCCUGAAAGUCUGAUUUGGCUUUUUUAAAGAACUCAGUAUCCUACACUGAACUCAUGAGUGCUUAAAUGUGGAGUAGUGAUUGCCUGAAUGUGGUGUCUUGAAAUGUGACACAAAGUAUGUACGUAAUGUGAUACUCUUUAAGUCAGGAGGUGGUUAAAUGUUCUUAUUUGCCUUCUUACUUUGCAGUUGUGCCUUCUAUUCCUUGCUCCCGGUUAGCUCUGAUAAGCAAGAUUAUCCACCCGCAGCAAGUGAUCCAUUCCGUUGCUCAUGCUGUAAUGGGAAUGCUGGUAGCUUGGUGUGCAGCAGUUAUGACGAAGGGGAAGUUUCUCUUUUUAUCUGUAUCCUGCACAGCUACAGAAAGGUAACCCUGGGGGUGGUUCAAGAGCUGUUUAUUAAAAUGUAACUUCUUGUGAAUGCUAAUAACGAAAUGCUGCCAGAUAGUUCACAUUAGGUGAUUCUCAUUUUGCUGCAAGUGUAGAAAGCUGGUAGGAAGAUGUGUGCAAGCAAAUGUUUCCUGAGAAAUAAAUUGCUGUGUACUUGUGACCCUUUGGGUGCAGAAGAUAAAAGUAGCCUUGUAGCCACAGGUGAGGCAAGGAGAGACUUGGUGGAGGAAGGAACAUUUGUGCCAUCUCUCCUCUUCUAAGCUCCUCAGUAUAAGGGUUUUUGUUGACAAGGCUAGAAGCUUGCAUUUCCAUGAAGGCCAUAGAGGACAGGGCUUCCCCUAUACUGUAGCUUGUAUAGGAAGUUAGUAACAUUUUUGCUAACUUUUGAAUUAUUUACAAACCUGGAUUAAAAUACUCCAAAGAGGCUGCACCUUUUUCUGUAGCCUUUUCCCUAUUUUUAGGACGCAAGUCAAGGUUGCUGAGAAAAUGCAAUUCUCAUACCAGCUAACUCCAGCCAGUGAUCCAGUAAGGAUUAUAGUCAGUUGCAGUUAUCUGUUGGAUAGUGCUCAGGAUGCUGCCACUGCCCCCCAAUAUUUGUGCAAUUUUAUCCCUUUUUUUAAAGUCAGUAGUUAAAAAUGAGCACCUCCUUGCAGUACCAUAUGUAUAUCUAGAAGGUGAACUGAAUAUAAAGUUGGGGAAUGUGUGUUUCAGUCUGUUUAUUAUGUAAUAGAUAAACGAGAGUAAAACUUUUUUUCAUAGUUGCUGGACAGUGUUUUGGAAUGAGUCCUCCACCACCUUAAUUUUGCAAAAUUGGAUAACAUUUCCUUAAAAGUAGAAUUGAGUAUAGAGUUAUUAUCUUCCUGUGCAACUAAAGGCUAAAAUUACUGCUUUGCUUCAGUGUAGCUGAUGCUGAUCUGCACAUGUGCCUGAAUGAAUACCACCUCUUCCUCUUGCUUCUUGGAGCCUUUAUGGGUUACAGCUAUAGCCUUCGGUAUCUUGUUAACAAUUUGAACUACCUUCCAUUUCCAGUUAUACAGGUAAGUGCGCAAGUAACAGCAGGAAUAGAAUUCAAACACUGGGCCACCUGUAGUGCUUUUGCUUUUAUGUGAUCAUGAAGGUCAGCGGUUUGAAUCUGCGUGACAGGGUGAACUCCCAUUGCUCUGUCCCAGCUUCUGCCAACCUAGCAGUUCAAAAGAACACCAGUGUAAGUAGAUAAAUAGAUAUCACUGUGGCAGGAAGAUAAACAGCGUUUCCGUGCACUCUUGCUUCCGUAACAGUGUUCUGUUGUGCCAGAAGCGUUCUAGUCAUGUUGGAAAGCUGUCUGUGGAUAAACAGACAGUCUGUGAAUAAACAUGCCUGGAAAGCUGUCUGUGGAUAAACACUGGCUCCUUUGGCCUGAAAGCGAGAUGAGCACCACACUCCAUAGUCACCUUUGACUGGACUUAACUGUCCAGGGGUCCUUUAGCAUUAUUAUUAUUAUUAUUAUUAUUAUUAUUAUUAUUAUUAUUAUUACCUUUUACGUGAUCAUGACUAUUACAUAUUUGGAGGGAAGUCAUAUCAUGCUGGGUCCAGGAAGGAUUUUUCUGCAGGGCAUAGCUGCAGCAGAAACACAGUGGUACCUCGGGUUAAGUACUUAAUUCGUUCCGGAGGUCCAUACUUAACCUGAAACUGUUCUUAACCUGAAGCACCACUUUAGUUAAUGGGGCCUCCUGCUGCAGCCGCGCUGCCAGAGCACGAUUUCUGUUCUCAUCCUGAAGCAAAGUUCUUCACCCGAGGUAAUAUUUCUGGGUUAGCAGAGUAUGUAACCUGAAGCGUAUGUAACCUGAGGUACCACUGUAUGAGCAGAACUUGAAGAAGGAGACUUCCCACUUCUGUUGGGACUCCUAGAUGGUGUGGCUUGUGAUGUGGGCGUCUGCAGUGGGUAGGCAAAAUUGUCCCAAAUCAGACAGAAACCCCUUAUAUGAGCAGAGCUUUCUUCUUUCAACGAUCUUCUAUCCACUUGCAGUUUUCAGGAUCCAAACGAAUGAUUCUUGAGAUUGUCUGUCACCCUGUUAUAGUUGGGCUUUGAUGCUGUGUGACAGUAAUUCAGUUUAUUGUAGUCAUUUUACCACAGUACAGUGGGUUGGAUCCAGAGAACUCCGCUUUUCCCAUAGUGUUUUCCAGGCUGCUCCCUCUUUACAAGCCCUUGUGCUCCAUGCAAAGGAUACCCCUGAGGAUUUUGGGGAUUCCCUAGAAUCCGGCAGAGUGGAGCUGUAGCAGGAUGGUGAAAUCAGAAGAAUUUGGUUUGGCUGCCAUGCACACACAGAAGUGCCUUUCCACUCAUGUCAGACACCUUUGGAUCCAAGCCAGUAACCUAUAGUAAUACAAUAUUUGGGAAGAGAGUAAUUCUAAAAUAGAAGAAAGUGUGCUCUUAAUAUCUAUCAGGAUCUUGCAGUAUCUGAAAUCAUUUCUGAAUUUAAAAUGUGACAUAUUUUUAACUCCAAAGUCUGAUAUAUGGUAUGUGGAUAAGAAUAUUCUGCUGUUAAACAUUUGCCCAAUCUUUUUCAGCAAUACAAGUAUCUGCGCUUCAGGAGAUCACUUCCGUUGCUUGCAAAGCAUAGUUGUGUGGAGUCGCUUUAUAUGGUCAGAAACUUUUGUGCUGCUUACUAUUUCUUUGGUAAGAAUUUUUGGUAAUUUUACUUCUCUCCCCCGCCGCCUUUUCUGUAAAUGAUACAAGUGGGAAGGAAGCCAGCAAUUCCCUGAUAACAAGUUGCUGAAUUGGGGUGGGAGGGGGCUUUACAUAAGAGUUGGCUGCCAUAGUCAUGCCCAACUUUUGGGGUUUACAAAGUCAACUGGCCAGUAUAGGGGAGGGGGGAAAUGCUCCGUGUAGCAGAGUUUUGCCCCCAAUUUAUCACCAUUUCUUUUCCUUAAAACUUUCAAAUUUCUGUUGGUAAUAUAUUUUUAUGCCAGAAAUACAUUUCCUCUAUGGAAGUGUUAAUACACCUGUGUUUUUACAGCUUGAUUUCCCUCCCAUUUGUGGCAUUUUAGGUUAUAUUCCAAGGGCAUGGAUAAUUACCACAAUGAACCUUCAGACUGAUAGGUUAGUACCUAUAACAAAUAAAUAAAUAAAUUGAAUUUCUAACUCUUCAUCUUGUAAUAGAGGAACUCCUUGUACAUUUUGCAGGUUGUCAGAUUCCUUCUCCAUGCUUUAGAAAAUAAGACUCCCAGAGCAGCUUGAAAAAAACAAACAACAGCCUAGCAAGACUGUCCCCACUUUCAGACGUAUAAUAUGACACACAAGGAAGAAGGAAUGGGGAAGGAAGAGGGGGCAGGAAACAAGCUCAGAGUUCAUGCUUUAAAAUUGCAGUUCUCCUAGCGUUCAGUUGGGGUAGAAACAAUUCAGGUAGGCUGAUGGAGUUUAGCCAGUUAGAUAUUAAAACCAGCACUUUUAAUUGAGCCCAGAAUACAGUAGGUAUGCUUAUGCAAAUACUAGAGUAGUGGUAUAAUAAUUCCCCUAGCAACCUACUCCUGUCAAUGAAAAGUGAUGCAUUUAAUUGAAGUUUCUGGAUUCUUAUUGAGGGUGGUCUAGCACAGAUGUUUCUUUCUAACAAGAUGUGCUAAGUAAAAAAGAAACCUGGCCUCUCCCACCACCCUGGUAUGGGUGUCCUUCCUGCUAUUGAUGGCCAGUCAAGGUCACAUGCAGCUUUGAUGUCGUACAGAGCUUCAAAACUAACUUUCCAGCUCCACCCCACUAGUCUGAUGGUGCCCACAGGAGAAUAAUAUUCUUCCAUGGAGUAGGAUAAAUAGACUGAACACUAAAGCCUUCCAUCAGGGAUAGUUCUUACAGUGUUGGGAGAUUUUAAAGAUGUUUGAGGCUCAUUGGGGAAUGAUGGUGACCUUACCCUCUCUGGCAGUGGGAAGUAACAAAGAACAGACUUCUCAGGCAUCCUUGGUGGACUUACUGAGUCUGUUUGAUUCUGUGUCAGUGGAGAAUGUCCUAAAUGUCUUCCACUAUGCCCUGAGCAAUCGUAUGGGAAACACUUUCACAACAGAAGUAUUAGAAUCACAUUUCCACUUGCAUAGUUCAUUUGUUGUGUUGUGUAAACAUAUAUCAAAAGCGAUACUUUUGAUAUAGACCAGCUUGUUUUUAUAUACUGCUCAUUGCAAAAAACACCAUGUAAUGGUGUUGGCUUUCCUCCCCUGGCCUUCCAGUAAACUUCAUCCUCUGGACACGAUGGCUGGUCUCUUGGAUUUGUCCCUUCUGUACCACAGCUGGCUAUGUGGCGUGUUUCUUCUGAUGACUUGGUACAUUGCAUGGCUGCUCUUCAGAAUCUAUGCCACUGAGGUUGGUGCUGUAUGUCUGAUAUAUACAAUCGUACUAUCUCUUCCGUUUUUAAAGCAAUGCAUGAAUGCUCUUAUACUUUUUGUAUAGCACAGCAGGACUCUUGAGAACAGAUUAAUCGGUUUUCAGUUGGAUAAUUUUACAUUCCUUUCCCCUGCUUUCUUGUCAGGGCUGGGUUGGGUUGACAGCCUGUCCGUUUUGCUGGUUUGACCAGGCUUGCAAAUGAUCACAGUAUAUAUUAUUAUUAAUUUUCACAAAGGGGUUUUUCUCAUGGCGAGCUUCAGCUACGGUGUGCGUUCCAUUUUCAGGCACAUCAUUUUCCUGUCCAGCCGACAUUUGCGGAAGAAACCGACCAGUGUUUACCUAAAAUUUUAAGCAGCAACCCCCCACCUCUUAUAAAGGUAUGAGUUUGGUUAAAUACACAGACUUGUCAAAUUGCCUCUUUCGUAGUCUUUGUCAUAAUAGAAGCAAUUUGAGUAAAAUAUAAGUGAUAAAGCAUGGGAUUUCAUGCAAGGUAUUUUUCAAUUUACCAAUAAAAUUCACACUAGAAGCUUGCAGCCAAGGAUUUGACAGGUUUUUUAGAUCACUAUGGGAAUGUAAUCUUUUCUCACCUCUGUAACUUCUAGCCAUAAGUUUCUUUUGCCCAUGUUCCUGGUUUUCCUUCCCCAUCACAUUCCUCUUUCCCCUCUUAAUUCCUCUGAAUCAUUUCUUUCUCCCACUCCUUUCUGACGUCGCUGUGCUUCUGUUUUGGGAUCCGAACCCCUCUUUCCCUAGGUCCCUAAUGCUUCUAUUGUCUCCUUCCUUAGGCCAUUCUCUCUGGCUUGCCUUAUCAGCUUAGCAAAUGACAGCCAUAAAUCCAUUUCCAUUCUCCAUGGAAUGCUCCAUGAAAUGCUUCACCAGGGCAACAUUUUAGUGCAAAAAUCUGUCUGCGUAUCAAAGUAAUUUCUUAUACGUUUGCUUGCAUACCUAAAGUGGCUGAAGCUCUUUGUCCCUUAUCUAGCACUUAAUGAAAAUGCAGUUCUCAGGUGUGUCUGGAAAAAAGCAAUAAUUUGAAAAUAAUUUAUUUUGAGGGUUCAGGUAGGUAGCCGUGUUGGUCUGACACAGUCAAAAUAAAUUAGAAAUUAAAAAAUUGUCCAGUAGCACCUUAGAGACCAACUAAGUUUGUUCUGGGUAUGAGCUUUCAUGUGCAUGCACACUUCUUCAGAUACCUGUGUGCAUGCACAAACUUAGUUGGUCUCUAAGGUGCUACUGGACAAUUUUUAAAUUUUAAAUUUAUUUUGAGGGGGCAGAGUGAAGGGAAUUUUAGUGAUAAAAUUUGAGUAAAAACGUUAUAGCUGUUAAUACUUUUAAACAUUUCCCCCUGCAGUUCUUGGCUUUACAGGACUUGAUGUUCCUUUCCCAGUAUUCUUCUGUGCGGCGUCAAGAGGUCUUCAGCCUUAGCCAGCCAGGUAUUUGGAAAAAAAUAGCUAUGACCCAUUAAGUCAGAAGAGGAAAGUGAGAAGUACUCUGUAGGAAGCUGAUUUUGAGGAGAGUUGUUCUGUUUUUAUUGUUGUAUUUAGCAAAUAGUAGUGAGGAAAGGUAGGUUUUUAUACAGAGCAUCUUAUGCUGACCACCAUUGUGUCCAAAACAAGGUAUGAGGAGGUCCAAGAUGGAUUGUGUACAAACAGCAUUUCCCCUCUGCACUGGCAAAGCAGACGGUGCUUAUCGCAUGCAUUAAAAGUAAGGUAGCUAUGCAUAUUUUAUUUGGGCUUUUUGGACCCCAAUACAAUUCUGUGAAAUACGUUGGAAAUGCCUCACUCCACUGCCUGAUGUUCCAGUGUUUAUUGACUAGCUUCUGAUGGCUAUAUGAUGUCGCUAUAUUCAUGGCCUAACAGUUUGACCACAACUUUGGGCAUUUAAAGGGUUGAUAUUUUGAGUUGAUUUUUUUUUUACUUCACAUACUUCACUGUGAUAUAAGAGCUUGCGUAAUAGCCUGACCCCUCUUUUGGGCUACUUCAUGCUAUGUAAAUUGGCUAGCUUUUUUGGGUUGUAAGUUGCUCUGAGUUGCCUUGGGCAAGAUAAAGUGACUAACAAAUAUAAAUAAUAAUAAUAAUAAUAAUAAUAAUAAUAAGUUUUUAAGUCUAGACAUUCUGCUUGUCUAUAAAAGGUGGACACCCUCACAACUGGACUUCAAUCUCCCAGGAGUGCUUGAAACUUUUAAGUGAUCUGACACAGAAACUGAUAAUGCACCAGGAGGCCGCAGCUGCAAACGGGAGGCUGAAACAGCAAUCUGUGGGGGACAUGAGACAGCCCUCUAGCCCUCCAGGUACUGGACGAAUCAGUUGCAAUGUUGCAGUUCUUGAGUCUCCAAAUCACAGCUGGGCCUGCCAAUGGGUGUCCGGGGAGAAUCUUAUUUCAAAAAGGGAUAGGACAGCUGAUUUAUUGUUUCACUUGCAUGUGGAGCUUUCGCUGAUUUUUUUUCUUUAAAAAACACACAUUCCAGUGGAUGUUUGUAAAGAGCAGCUUCAGACUUUAUGUGGGAAUGCUGCCUUGCCAUGGAUGUGCUGGUGUUUUCUUACAGUAAACCCAUGUUCACAGGCACACAUUGCUCAGCCUGCAGUGAAAAUGUACUAGGGAACUCCCCGUGGUUUCUGUCCACUUUAUGUCAUGAGAUAUGCAUCUGCCAUUCAUGCUUUGCUUGUGUUACAGCACUGUUUCCCCCCUAGUAAACAAUUAUAAGGUAAAGGUAAAGGACCCCUGGACGGUUAAGUCCAGUCAAAGGCGACUCUGGGGUUGCGGCGCUCAUCUUGCUUUCAGGCCGAGGGAGCCGGUGUUUGUCCACAGACAGUUUUCCGGGUCAUGUGGCCAGCAUGACUAAACCGCUACUGGCGCACGGAGGACCGUGACAGAAGCCAGAGCGCGCAGAAGCACAGUUUAAUCAGAGUGCAUGGAAAUGCCGUUUACCUUCCCGCCACAGCUGUACCUAUUUGUCUACUUGCACCGACAUGCUUUCAAACUGCUAGGUUGGCAGGAGCUGGGACAGAGCAAUGGGAGCUCACCCCGUCGCGGGGGUUCGAACCGCUGACUUUCCAAUUGGCAAGCCCAAGAGGCUCAGUGGUUUAGACCACAGCCGAAAAAUUGAAGUAUAAUAAAGUAUGAAGCAGCCCUGAGGAAUAUAUCGCCUCCUGUUGCUGUCCAGCUGGGAUUUGGAUCUCUGUCAGUUAGUAACUAAAACAUUAGGUUUGCAAAGUGCAUGACUUAGUGAAUGCCACUUGUUGGUAUAAACCAUUUUGAGUUCUUCUUGUAAAAUAUUCUUAUUUGCCAGGAGCAGCUGCUGAAGAAACAUCAUUUCACACUCCAAGGUCCAUUAUGCUUCCUCGAACCCAAAUGCCUUCUCUGGUCAAAUCAUCUCUGUUGCCUUUGAAAACAUCCCCUUCUUCUGACGUCAGAAGCAAUUUAGGGUCACCUUUCACACCUCUGAGUCGCAAGGCUGGCGUGCUGGAUUUAAACUCUCCUUGGAAUGGAUCUGUCCAAAGUCCCCAUAUUAUGAGGAGAGGACCAAAAUUAUGGACAACAAGUUCAGGUAGAAUGUAUUCUCUCCCAAUCUUAGUUUGAGCACUUGGCUACUUAAUUACUGGGACACCCAGUUAGGCUUUUUGUUGUUGUUUUUUUUAAAAGGUGGGGGAACCAACAGUUUGGAUUUCUUUUGUAGAUCUGCAGUGGACAGCCUCUUCUCCUGAACCCUACCCAAUGAGUGCUGUUGCAGGCGGUGCAAAUGUAGCAGUACAACCAAGUUUUAUCUAUACAUGGCUGCAGAGCAAGAAAGAGCAGGUAUACGAAAUCAGGCAAUUAAUGAGUCAAUACUUCCACCAGCAUUAUUGUCUUGUGCAUUUCCCCAGCGCUUUGUAAUGUAGUUUAGUGCAUUUCCCAAAGCAAUCUGUAAACUUUCAGCAAUGACCACUUCAUAGCAACUCCUAUCCCUGCAAUGAAGCAGCACAUUUUUGUUCUGAUCAUUGACACAACUCCAAAAAUUAAAGCCUCUACUCUACUGAAGCGCUUGAUUAAAAUAAAUGUGGGUGGCAGAACAUAAACCACUGUCAAAUGCAGUGCUUGCAGUUCAGAAUAUCUAGACCGUGGAGAGAGACUAAGAUAAAACCUGAAAUGCAUUUAUUUGGACCUGCAUACUGUUUUAAAUUGUUGGGAAUUAGUUCUAACAAACUCAUUUUAGGAUUGGGGUGUCAACCAGUGAAGCUUAAAAGUUUUGGAUUACUUUUAAACAGAGAAUAAAUAUCAUUUUGAUCUGCCAAAGAUGUACCGUUGUCUUUUCAUUGAUAUUUUCUUCUUCCAGAUCAAAACCUUCUUAUCAAAACGAGUACUGAUAAUGUAUUUUUUCAGCAAGGUAAGGAUGAGGACAUGACUGAGUGAUCGAAAUUUAACUGGGCAGCAAAGAAUUAUUGUUGUUACUGCCUUUUGAACUACUCCUAUGAAAUCUAUGCUCAUAACUAUUGAACUCAAACAAGAUAGGGGAACCUGUUUCCCUGAAAGCAGCUCUCAUCAUCUCUGACCAUUGGCCCUGCUGUCUGGGGCUGAUAGGACAUUUGCAGGGGGAUAGGGCCCUCUUCCCUGAAUUAGGACUUGGUACAUUGAUCCUUGAAACAAAUGCUGUGUAAACUGAAAAUUUAGCUUCAAAAUACUAAUCUUCAUAGGGUUAACACACUGAGCACUGAAACUAUUUUCAGAUUAACUUUUCAUGCAGAGCUCGUGAUGGCUAAACUUUGGUUACUUCAUUUUAUUUCUAUAUUUGAAACAUUCUGUUUAUAUGGUUGGCUAAAGGGUUUGCAAAAACACUUCUCUCUCUUUCUUUCUCUCUUUUCCAGAACCCCGAGGCUUCAAUUCAGGCUCUCUUUUCUGAUACCCAAAUGCAUAUUUGGGCUUUGGAAGGUAAGCACUUUCUUCAUAUUGGAAAUGGCUCUCAGAUGAAUGUUUAUGCUGCUCCCUUUGAUUUAUGUGGUAACCUUGCAGUGAAAUUCACUCAGAAAUAUCAAUUCAUUUUUCUUUUGGCACACCCUCCCUCUCAGUUUCUGGGUUCUCACCCGGGGUUGAAACAAACACUCAGCUCACCCACAAAAGCCUCACAACCAGAAGAGUUUCUGGAAACAGCAGACAUCAUCCUCGUUGCUUACUCUAGACUUGCUUUUUAUGGGCAGGCCCAAGGUAGAUGGCACUUCCUCAGGCUGCCUACAGCUGUACAGCUGCACUUUCCACACCCAGUUCCAGGUACAGCUGGUUUGUAAAGUUCCCAGGGGCUCCAAAGGAUGGGAAAAGGGCCCUCCUCCACUCACAACUUUUUCUUCAUCCUCUGCCCUCUCCUCUGCUUCCCGCUGUGUUAUAAUCCCAGACGAAGCAACAAGUUAUCCAAACUACAAAUUACUCCUCUUUUUAGGUUUGUCGCAUCUCAUAGCAGCUUCAUUUACCGAAGACAGAUAUGGAGUUGUCCAAACAACACUGCCUUCUAUUCUGAAUACGUUGCUAACUCUUCAAGAGGUUAGGAGAUUUUCUUUCUUCUUUGAAAAAAACAGUGAUAUGAACUCAUAACGUGGUAAUUGACUUAGGAAAAAAAAAGAUUGGUUUUGGUUUUGCCAUGACUUUUUUCAAGCAAAUUUUAACCAUAGAAGAAAGGUCUGAUAAGGUAAGGAGGAUAUUGGUGCUUAAGUUUCCUGUUGGUUUAUUUCUAUCCUAGGUGGUAGACAAGCAGUUCAAGCUUCCUCAUGUUUCCAGCAAACCCCCCCGGAUUUCAGGAAGUCUGGCAGACACUUCCUACAAAACCCUUCGAUUUGCCUUAAGAGCGUCACUGAAAACUGCAAUCUAUCGGAUCAUCACCACUUUUGGAGAGCACUUAAAGUGAGGUUUGGGCUCAUAAAGCUGCCUUAAUGUUCAUUUCUAAAUAUAAUGAGAUGUACCAUAGGCUUCCAUCUCUUUUCACAAAUGAAUGAAAAUAAAAGGUUAGCAGGAACCAUGCUCUACUCUGCGUAGAGAAAAUAAAAGAGCUCUCUGCCAGGGAUGUUACAAAUUGUUAUGCGCAGCAAUCUGUGUAGCUUUGUACAGAAAUGUUCUAAGGCAGCAUACACACUAUACCUUGAAAGCACAUUCAGAGCACAUUUGCCCCCUCAAAUAAUUCCAGGCACUGUAGUUGGUUAAGGAUUACUAGGAAUUCUAACUCUGUGAGAGGUAAACUACAGUGUUGUAGGGGGAAAAUGUGCUUCGAAUGUGCUUUGAAAGUAUAAUAUAUACGCAGCCUAACGGUGCUUUGAAGAAACCAGGAGCUGCAUGUUAGCAAAUGAAAAGCCUUUUAUCAUGCCACUACCCUGCUAGACCAUGAGUUGACCCCAGCAUUACCAUCCUUCCAUUUCCUUGGAUUUCCAAGUGACAGCAGAGGGAUGAUAAUGUUGAGCUACAUUUAUUUGCCCAGGUUGUUUAGGCUUCUCGUUUUUCUAAGAAAGUCAUCAAACCUUUUCCGAACUUUGUAUAUUGAAGUGUUUGGGGAACAGGUCUGCAAAAUAUGUUUUGUGUUUUUUCUGUUCUCCAGUGCCGUGCAAGUAUCUGCAGAAGUCAAGAAAAGACUCCAGCAGUUCCUGGAGUUCAAGGAGUAGUUCAAGUCAAAGUGCCUGUGCUGUUAACAGGUGGAUAAUGCAAGUUCAGCUGCCUCAGAUCAAAAGAAAUUGAAACUGAUUUGAUCUGUCCUACUGACUUUCCAGAGGUGUACUUUAAUUGCAAGUCACGGGGUGACUAAACUGUCAACAGAAGUACUUGAAACACUUGGAAUACGUUACUUGACAUUUUGUAUAAUAAAGUGUGUUUUUUUUAAAUGAA